CCCAGGGUAGGCGCCGCGGUCGCUGCAGUCGCUUCAGCAGCUGGAACCGGAGUCGCAGUCGCCGGGGUCGCUGGCCGCCGGCGCGUGGCUCAGCCGGGCCCGUAGCCAUGGAGGACUUCAUCGUGAUCUCCGACGACAGCGGCUCCGAGAGCUCGGCCGGGACCCGCUCGGGCAGGGCGCGGAGGCUGCGCCGGGCCCUGUCCCGGACCCCCGGCGCGCUGCCCCGCCGAACCGUGGACUUCAUUGACCUAACUAGAGAGACCAGAACAAGGGCAAAAGAUCGUAAUGGACUCUGUGUGAUUGAUCUGACAAGAAGUGAGGAAGAAAAUAGACCUAUUGCCACUCUUGAUUUGACUUUGGAACCUGUAGCUUCCUCUCAGAAGGAGCCACCCAGUCUUCAGACAUGUGCCAGUCUUUCAGGCAAAGAGGUGAUGGAAGCCCAGGGAGAUAGAGGCUCUCAGCCUACAGCACAGAGAAUGGUCAACAAUGAUCCUGUAGAUUUGGAUUUGUUGGAGGAAAACAUGUUUGAAGGUUCUCGACCCCCUACAGCUAUCAGCCAGGACUCUGUUUAUCCAUCAGAGCCAAACUGUAGCUCAGUCAUGUACAAAGGUGGCCUUAGCUUCUUGACAAGCCUACAUCUCUCUUCAGAUGUUAGCUCCUUCUCCUCAACAAGCAAUAACAGUAGCAGCAGCAAUCAGAGAGCCUCUUUGCCAUGCCCACAGCAAGAUGUGCCUUGCCAACCACAAGGCUUGCUGUGCCCGCUACAAGCCUUAUCAUGCCCACUAAGAGCUUCACCAUGUCCACCACGCGCUUCCUCAUGUCCACCACAAGCCUUGUCAGGUCCACCACAAGCCUUGUCAUGUCCAUCACAAACUUUGUCAUGUCCAUCAAAAACUGUGCAGUGCCAACUCCAAGCUUUGCCUCAUCCACCUCAAGAAGUGCCAUGCCCUCCUCAAGAUGUGCCAUGCCCUCAGCAGAAUAUGCCAAGCAUACGUCAAAAUUUAUCAUGGCAUCCUCAUCAACACCCACUAUACCCACCCCAAGACACUCUGGGCCUACCUCAAGAUGCAUCAGGUCGACCUCAAAACCUGUCCUAUCCACAAGUUGUGACACAACUGCAAGACAUGCCAUGGUCACUGCAAGACAUGCCACUGUCACUACAAGAUGUGCUGCAGUCACUGCAAGAUGUGCCACCACUGCUGAGAGAUGUGCCACCGUCAUCAGAAGUGAUGCAGUUACCCGGAGGUGUGAUACGGUCAUCAGGAGGCAUGAUGAGGUCAUCAGGAGGUGUAACACAGUCACUAGGAGGUGUGAUGCAGUCAUCAAGAAGUGUGAUGAAGUUACCAAGUGUGCCACAGUCAUCAGGAGAUGUGAUGCAGUCACCAGGUGUGCCACAGUCAUCAGGAGAUAUGAUGCAGUCACCAGGUGUGCCACAGUCAUCAGGAGAUGCGAUGCAGUCACCAGGUGUGCCACAGUCAUCAGGAGAUGUGAUGCAGUCACCAGGUGUGCCACAGUUAUCAGAUGUGAUGAAGUCAAGUGUGCCACAGUUAUCAGAUGUGAUGCAGUCACCAGGUGUGCCACAGUUAUCAGAUGUGAUGAAGUCACCGAGUGUGCCACAGUUAUCAGAUGUGAUGCAGUCACCAGGUGUGCCACAGUCAUCAGGAGAUGUGAUGCAGUCACCAGGUGUGCCACAGUCAUCAGGAGAUGUGAUGCAGUCACCAGAUGUGCCACAGUUAUCAGAUGCGAUGCAGUCACCAGGAAAUGUGUCACAGUCAUCAGGAGAUGUGAUGCAGUCACCAGGUGUGCCACAGUCAGUUAGAGAUGCACCACACUUACCAGGAGAUGUGUCGCACUCACCACAAGGGUUAUUGGACUUAGCAAGAGACAAGCCAAAAUCUGCCCCAGAUGAUGUGCAGAAUCGUGACACUCCUAUGGAUAUCUCAGCUCCGUCCUCUCCAAGUUGCUCUGCCAGCCCACUGUCUCCACAGUCUGAAUUUUCCUUAGAAAAAGUUCCUUGGCUGUCUGUCACAGACACCUUAGCCAGAAAAGAGAGAUCAUUUCCACAGCUUGCCAACCCUGGGUCUGCCCAGAUACAAGGACAAAUACCACAAGUUGGGGUAUACAAUAGACCUUGCCUGCAUAGACUGAAAUACUUCUUACGACCGCCAGUGCAUCAUCUCUUCUUCCAGACAUUAAUACCAGAUAAAGACACACGGGAGAGCAAGGGUCAGAAAUUAGAGCCCAUCCCUCAUCGAAGACUAAGAAUGGUGACAAACACUAUUGAAGAAAACUUUCCUUUGGGGACUGUGCAGUUCUUAAUGGACUUUGUUUCACCCCAGCAUUACCCACCCAGAGAAAUUGUGGCUCACAUCAUCCAGAAAAUCCUGCUCAGUGGCUCUGAGACUGUGGAUGUCCUCAAGGAGGCCUACAUGCUUCUCAUGAAAAUUCAACAGCUGCAUCCAGCCAAUGCCAAGACCGUGGAAUGGGACUGGAAACUGCUCACCUAUGUCAUGGAAGAAGAGGGACAGACUCUUCCAGGACGAAUCCUCUUUCUACGUUAUGUAGUACAAACCCUGGAAGAUGACUUCCAGCAGAUCUUGAGGAGACAGCGGCAGCACCUCCAGCAAUCCAUUGCAAACACUGUUCUUUCGUGUGACAAACAGCCCCACAACGUCAGAGAUGUUAUCAAGUGGCUGGUCAAAGCAGUGACUGAAAAUGAAUUAACACAGCCCCCAGAUGGGACUCAGACCUCUUCAGGAGCAGGAGUCUUGAAAACUAGCAGUGACCACUUGUCUCCCCAUCCUAACCUGACCAGGAACACCAAUCAGCUGGUUGUGUGUCAGCUUCAGAGGAUGUUGUCCAUCGCUGUGGAGGUGGACAGGACUCCUACCUGCAGCUCCAAUAAAAUAGCUGAGAUGAUGUUUGGGUUUGUGCUGGACAUCCCUGAGAGGAGUCAGAGGGAGAUGUUCUUUACUACUAUGGAAAGCCAUCUUCUACGCUGCAAAGUGUUAGAGAUCAUAUUCCUCCACAGCUGUGAGACGCCCACCCGGCUUCCCUUGUCUCUGGCCCAGGCCCUCUAUUUUCUGAACAACUCCACAUCACUGCUCAAGUGUCAGUCAGAUAAAGCCCAGUGGCAGACAUGGGAUGAGCUGGUUGAGCAUCUGCAGUUCCUGCUGUCCAGUUAUCAGCAUGUGCUGAGAGAGCACCUACGGAGUUCAGUGAUUGAUCGGAAAGAUUUGAUCAUCAAAAGAAUCAAGCCCAAGCCCCAGCAAGGAGAUGACAUCACGGUGGUGGACGUGGAAAAGCAGAUUGAGGCCUUCCGCAGCCGCCUGAUCCACAUACUGGGAGAACCUCUAGUCCCCCAGCUCCAAGACAAAGUGCAUUUGUUAAAGCUGCUGCUCUUCUAUGCUGCCGACUUGAACCCCGACACAGAGCCUGCCCCACAGCCUGCCCCACAGCACUGAGGCAGCCAAACUUCUAAGCAUUGAGUACCAAGAAUACCUCCUGACUGUCGCCAGCUACUUAGAAGCUCUGAAGUACAAACAGUAGUUAAGAAUAUCAUAGGACCAAACCUAUCUUAUUUAUCUGUAGGCUGUAAUCACUUUGAAACUCUUCAGUAUAUCUUUUUUUAUAAUCCUUAUCCUAGCCUAUUCAAAUGUGGCUUAAAUAUACAAUGUGUAUAUAUUUUUUAUUAAAUUAUUUAUCUAUGCUUUGGAAACAGGCAAUACGAUAUGCACUAUAUGUCCAACAUUUCCAUUCAAGAUGUGAAAAGACCCCCUUCUGCUGAACAAUCUCCAUCAGUGUUACAUCAGUCAAGGUACUGUUCGCCUGUUUCUGGAAAGACAGUUUUUCCUGAAUAGAGCACAUUCUAUAUUAGACUUUUCAUAUUGCCUAUGAAUAUGACUGUGGCCAGUUAAUCAUAUUGCCUAUGAAUAUGACUGUGGCCAGUUAAUUAAAGCUAAGAUAACAAAGUUAAAGCUAACAAAGCAGGCAAAGAAAGGAUAGAGCCUGUUAAUGAAACACAUGAUGUCAGAAAGAUACAACAAAAGGCACUAAGUUUACAAUGCCCUGGCUCUACUACAGGGCAGGCAGAAUGGACGAGAGACCCAGGUUUGAGAAAGUAGUAAAGAUUUUUAUUGUCAAUACAAGAUUAACACAAAUAAAUUAAUUUUUACAACAA